ACAUGGAGGGGACGACGCUGCCAUAAUUCUGACGGCUGGACGUUUGCGUUAACCUUGGCGUGCAUGACUGUAGUUUUUUUGGAACUGGUGCACGUUUUUGGUGAUCCUGCCAAAACAAUCUAAACAUGUCAGGAGUCUGUCGCAGUCUGAGCUCUCUACCGGUCAAGAUCCUGACAGAAGCUUCACUUUUGUCACCUUGCCCGUGGUUUGUGCCAACACGCAGCAAAUUUACCAAAGCAAGAAUCCCAAAAGAGCUGUUUGCAGAGAGAUCAAAAGAACAUGAGAAAUAUGGGGGAGAUCCAGACCAACCUCACAAACUGCAUAUAGUGACACGAGUCAAAAGUGUGAUGCGGAGACCGUAUUGGGAGAAAGAGAUGGUCAAACACCUUGGGCUUGAAAAGGGACAUACACCUGUAAUUCACAAAAAUACAUCUGCAAUCAAUAGCCAACUGAAGUUCAUCAAGCACCUUGUGAGGAUCCAGCCGCUGAAGACGCCCUAUGGACUCCCUGCUGAACAGGACAUGGGUGACACCUACAUUAACAGCAAAGGAGAGUUGAUUGUUCAUCGCCUCCUCCAACCUGUAGACCCAAAGGCUAUUGAAUCUUAGCUCAACAUUCAAUCAUAUUAAUAAAUAGUUGUUCAUAAAUAUCAUGAAAAAUUUUGUGCUCCAUAGCGCCCUGUUCAGGUUCCGCUCCACUGAGACAGAAGGUCGUUUGUUUUGAAUGAGUUCUGGAUUUACUCAAUGCGUGUCCAUUUGAUAUACGAUUUGAAAAGUUGCUGUGUUUUCCAUGACAAACUAGCAACAGGUUCAUAUUCUUUAUUAAACAUGAGUUGUCAAAAUAGCAUAAAUUAAAAACCUUUUGACAUUAAAUGUAGCCUGUUGCCCUUUCGCUUGUAUUUUGUGGAGACAAGUUCUCUUGUACUUUUUCUGUUGAGUCAGAUUACCAAUGGCAAUAGUAAGCUGCACACCAAUGGUCCACUCACAAUUAGACCUCUAGAGGACUGUAGAUGUGUCAUCAUUCCAUACUACAUUCUUAUUGUAUACACCCAGAAACCAGAGCAUCUGGAUAAGAAAACUCACACAGGUACAGAAACAUUUAUUCAUCACAGAAAGGACCUGUCUGUCAUGUUCAGACCCAGAACCUUCUUGCUAUAAAGUUGCCCCAAUGUUAACUAUUUUUUGCAAUACGUAGAUAAAAUCAAAAUGUACUCAAUUGAAGUGGUGCAAUACAUGCACAAUGCCAUCAAUACAUCUAAAUGCUAUUUAAAUUGACUGCAGAUAAAACAAAAAAAAAAAUCAAGCCUUGUGGUUUUUCCGAAAUGUUUUAAGUUUUUUCACCACCACCCACAAAUAGAUAUAUUUCUAGCUGUUGGAAGCUCCUCGAUUUGUUUUGUGUAAUGUAUUGUAGAAGAAAAUAGAUAGUCUCGUAUAGAUUUGGUGCAGUUUAAGUUGGCGUGCAUAGCCUGUUUUUGAUUUGACACACGCAUCACUUUCCUGUUACGCCUGUUAAACGAAACUAUUUACACCUUUAUUUUUACUUGUACGUUGAGUUUGGUGACCACAUGUAAUUAAUAUUUAUCCCCAGUCAGCUUUGAUGAGCAGAGCUCUAGUUAGACAGAUAGUUGAAGACACCCGAUCCCACAUUAAAGGGGAAGUCGCCCGAUUUUACUCAAGUGUUAAUUGAGGAAGGAUCUAAUAAAUAAACAGUAUUGUCAUGCAUAAUGGAAUUGCAUGAUCCAGUGUUUUCAUCCAUACUACCAUAUAAACCUCAAGAUGCUGCUACAUCCAUUUUUUUAUUGUAUACAAAAAUCACAAGAACACAUUUAAUUCCUUUUGUAUUUUCUAUUAAGUCAAGUCAAACUCUUGCUACAAGGAAAUGUAAAAAUGAAGUUUGGUGCUAAAAGAUGAUCUUGGCUAUGAUGCAUCAUGCAAAAACCAUGAUGCAUGAUCAUGGUUUGUUUGAAUAUCAGACUUGCAUGAUAACAAGGAAACCCAUGAAAAGAACAUAACUACCUUAAUGAGCACACCUUUCAUUCAAGACAAAGGUUCAAGGUUUUAGUCAACAAAGAGACAAAAUAAACAACACAACAAA